AUGGAAUAGUUUACAGAAGAUGAUGAAAUACACUUAAUGCCAAUUAAAAAGAAACCAAAAAUAUAAGAGGUUAACAACAGUAAUUUAAACUCAAAAUAAUAAUAUUGCUUAAAAUAAUCAAUCAUCAAGUCUAAUCUAAAAAGAAUCGAUCUAAAAAUUUAAACAUCUUUACUAGAUUCACUUAAAUUAACUGAAAACAUUCAACUAGAUUGUUAAGAAUCAAAUUUAAAUAUUGAUUUUAAUGAAUGGUAGCAUUAAAACUUUGUUUUUAAAUUGAAGUAAUAAUCUCAUAAUUCUGAUAUUGAAAAUGACUAUAAAAUUAUUCAAUAUUUUAGUGACUUUAAUUAAAAAUGGAAUAUAUAUCCAUAUAAACAUUUUGUUGAUUUAAAACCUGAAACAGAUUAUAUUAUUAUGUAAUAACCAUUAUGUGAAUCAAAAAUAAUAAAUAAAGUUAAUUAAAAAUAAAAUUAAAUAAAAGUGAUACCUUUAUAAUAGAAUAAUAAAUUGAAGUUUUAAUGA